AAACUUUUUAGUGAGAAAAAGGUCUACAGCUUUGUUCUCAAUCUUAGCAACAAAACCUCAAAAUGGCCGACGAUGAACAUAAACCCAAGAGACGCAAAACUAAGGCUACGAAUGAUGCUUCAGUGGUCAAAAUUGGAAAUAAAACUAUAUCUCUGAGUGCCUAUCUCGCACCUGAGAAGAAGCCAUUAGAGAAACCGCCAUCAGUUCAGGAGCCAGUUACAACUCAAGAACCACAGCAAGAUGUUAUUAACGAACCUAAUCCACAAACUGGAAAAUCACACCCCCCUAAGCGGUCCACGAGCAGCAAUGGUGACCCUUCAUUACUAAAAUCCCGCAAGGCCUUACCAAUAUGGGCUCAUCAGAGCGAAAUUAAGGCCCGGCUGCGAGGUGAUAAUGAUAUGCUACUCAUUGUGGGUGAGACUGGUUCGGGCAAGAGUACGCAAGUUCCCCAGUUUCUUUGUGAUGAGCCCUGGUGUCGAAGAAAAAAAGUCAAAGUGCAAUCCGACAUGGUAAACGUCGGUGGAAUGAUUGCUAUAACCCAACCUCGACGGGUUGCUGCGACAACUCUAGCUAAUAGGGUUUCUCGUGAGAUGGGAACGCCUCUGGGAGCAUCACGCGAGGGUUCUGUCGGAUACUCUGUUCGAUUCGAUCAUAAUGUCCCAAAGGGUACUAAGAUAAAGUUUCUUACAGAAGGUAUGCUACUGCAGGAGCUCUUGCGAGAUCCAAACCUACGUCAGUAUAGCGCCGUAAUCGUCGAUGAAAUUCACGAAAGGAGCGUUGACGUAGACUUGAUCGCUGGAUUUUUGAAGCAGAUACUGUCAGGAGAUAAAACCGGAAGGGGAGGUAUACCCUUGAAAGUUGUCAUCAUGAGCGCCACAGCGGACGUAGAGAAAAUCCAAACUUUCUUUGCGCCGCAUGACUCGAGUCGUGCUGUUCCGCUCCUCCAAAUCAAAGGAAGGCAAUACCCUGUGGAGAUCAAGCAUACGAGUAGGCCUGUCACAGACAUUCAAGAGGCUCUUCUGAAGCAAAUAUUCGAUAUCCAUUUACACGAACCAUUACCUGGCGAUAUCCUAGCUUUCCUGACUGGUCAAGAGGAAAUUGAGUCUGCUCAGCGUCUUAUCGAGGAGCACUGCGAGACUUUGGCUUCAGAUGUACCGAAGCUAUUAGUCUGUCCCCUGUAUGGCCAGCUCUCAAUUCAGGCGCAGCAGAACGCAUUUUUACCCGCCAAGAAGGGCUUUACGCGGAAAGUAGUCUUAGCAACUAAUAUUGCUGAAACAUCCGUCACCGUACCAGGUGUGCGUUAUGUGAUAGAUUGCGGAAAAGCUAAAGUUAAACAAUUCCGUUCACAAUUGGGAAUGGAAUCAUUAUUGGCAAAAGCAAUUUCAAAAUCAUCAGCGAUACAACGGACUGGCCGAGCCGGGCGUGAAGGCCCCGGCAAAUGCUAUAGACUCUACACAUCAGCAACAUACGACUCGCUCAAAGAGGCCGAUCUACCAGAAAUUUUGCGCAAUGACGUUCUAGGUGCCGUCUUAACAAUGAAGGCACGCGGUAUCAAUGAUAUUCUCUCGUUUCCGUUAAUGGACUUUCCUGAUAUCGAGUCAGUGGAAAAGGCCUUGAUACAUCUCCAUUUCCUGGGUGCACUUGCAGAUGACGGCACUAUCACGGAAAUCGGGCGGAAGCUAGCUCUUUUCCCAGUUUCUGCGCCCUAUGGGAGAGUGCUUCUUGCGGCAAGCGAGCCCCAAUAUGACUGUCUCCUCGAAGUCAUUGAUAUUAUUUCCUGCAUCACUUCCGGGGAGAAUAUCUUUCACCAGUUGCAGUCCGAGGAAGCAAGAGAAGAAGUUGAAGAAUAUCGCAAAGAAUUAUAUCGAAGAGAAGGCGAUAUUCUUACGUAUUUGACUACUAUGCAACGGUAUGCGGCGGAGAAUACUGAUCGAAUUGAGUGGUGUAAGAGGCGCAAAGUAAAUAUUCGGAACAUGAAACAAGCUCUUAACAUUCGAAAGCAACUUCGAGGUAUAUGCUUAAAGGAGAAAUUGCUUACAGAGACACCACCACCAGAUCCCCAACCGUUUGUACCGAUGUCUCCUGAAAGGGCAACAUUGCUAUUAAAGUGUUUCAUGAAAGGCUUUGGCACGAAAUGUGCCCUUUUAGCUCCAGAUUCGAGUUAUGUUACAAUCCAAGGGAAGCAUGUCGUUGCCAUCCACCCAUCCAGUGUUCUACAUGGCCAGAAACGGGAGGCUAUAAUGUUCUUGGAGCACGUGUUUACACAGAGGAGUUAUGUUAAGAAGGUCAGCACUGUUCAAGCAGACUGGAUCGUCGAAGCCAUGGAACGCAGUUGAUAUUCUACACCAUAUAGGAUAAAACACGAUGAUUCCCCAAUUUUACCACAAGCAUACGGUAAUGACCAUCUACAAAUAGCAUUGUGGGAAACACCUGGACUCGAAUAGUAGAUGAUUUUCAAGACGAUUACCUUUGUUGAGUCUAGAGCCAGUUUAGUAUGAACAGCAAUAGUUCAGUGAGACCUACAAUUAUCAUUUACAAAGUCAGAUCAUAGGGUUACUUUAUCAUCAGAACCGUGUAUGCAAUAUUUUUUAAAUUGUAUGUGGCUCAUUCAAAGCUGGAUAGUAUCGGGCAGUCAGGACAAAGCAAUCCUUUUUCUUUCUUUUCCCUUUUCCCCUCCUUCCUAAUACCGAAAGAUCGGAAAUAAGGGAGC